UAAUAAGUACUGUGAAUCCCAGAAUUCUAUAUGUGACCGUACGAGGAAACGAAUAAUCAAACUCAGCAAAUCACCGCAGGCACAGACAGAAGGUCUCCCCCCUAAUUAAAGUAGCUGCCGAACACAACAGGGUCCCGGCGGGCCCCUCAUGCUGACGCCACAAUCGGUUGCUGUCCGGCGUUCCUGACGCCAGCGUACGACGGCUCCGUCGUCAGUAUUCGACGUAUAUGGUCCCUUUAAAUUCGUUAAAUUCCAAAUCAUAUUUAAUGAUUAAAUUACAAAACUUUCUCUCUGUUGAGGCUUUCAGGGCAGAAUUGUGUCGGCAAUGAUAUGAUUUUUGGGCCUGGAAUUUGCUGUGUCAAAGUGUAACCGAAAAUCAAAUUGAGCAUUUCCAACUUUGAUGCGUGGAAAUUGCUUUUGUUAUGGUUCUGUAACAAAAAAUAGUUUUAGAGCCUCCCGUUGUCAGAGUUUAGCUGGUGUUUGUUGAGAAGGGUGGAAAGACUCAUGAAGAGGCUAGUAAGUAGGCAUCCAACUGUGGUUCAACCUUUUCUUGUUGUUUUUUCUUAUUUUCAGUUGGCGCUGGUUUUGGUUCUGGGAUUUACUAGUGCAUUACAGUACGAUGGAGAAUGUGAGAACAAGAAGGCAUUGAAUCCCAGGCCUCACAGUGUGUCUCUUUUGGAGUUUGGGGCAGUCGGAGAUGGGAAAACAUUGAACACAGUAGCUUUCCAAAAUGCCGUUUUCUAUGUCAAGUCAUUUGCUGACAAGGGUGGUGCUCAGCUCUAUGUUCCGCCUGGCCGGUGGCUCACUGGGAGCUUUAACCUCACCAGCCACCUCACGCUCUUCCUUGAGACCGGUGCAACUAUUCUUGGAUCCCAGGACUAUACUCACUGGGAAAUUGAGGAACCCCUGCCUUCUUAUGGUCGCGGGAUUGAUUUUCCAGGUUGGAGAUAUCGUAGCUUGAUCAACGGUGAUGAUCUACAAGAUGUGGUGAUAACAGGUGGUAAUGGAACCAUAGAUGGACAGGGUUCUGUGUGGUGGGAGCAAUUCAGCUCUCAUUCGUUGAAUUACAGCAGACCACAUCUUGUGGAAUUCACCAGAUGUGAUAAUAUCGUUAUAUCGAAUCUGACUUUCUUGAACUCCCCUGCUUGGAACAUUCAUCCUACAUAUUGCAGGUAUGUGAAAGUCCAAAACUUAACUGUUCAUGCUUCUCCUGCAUCUCCAUAUACUAGCGGAAUAGUCCCAGAUUCUUCUGAGCAUGUUUGCAUUGAGAACUGCAACAUUAGUAUGGGUCAUGAUGCAAUUGUUCUUAAGAGCGGUUGGGAUGAGUAUGGAAUCGCCUAUGGCAAACCGACCAAAAGUGUACACAUCCGGGCCGUCAACCUUCAAUCUUCUUUAGGCUCCGGCCUGGCAUUUGGGAGUGAGAUGUCUGGAGGCAUUUUAAACGUACUAGUAGAGCGACUUCAUCUGUCUAACUCAUUCGUUGGCAUUGCACUCAAGACAACUAGAGGAAGAGGAGGAUAUAUGAAAGACAUUGUUAUAUCGAAUGUAGAAAUGCACAACAUUCACACAGCAAUUCAGGUCACUGGUCAGAGUGGCUCUCAUCCUGAUGAUAAGUUUGACCCUGAUCAAGUUCCAUUUGUUAAAGGAAUCACCUUUGACAACAUGGUCGGCAGUAAUAUUACAUUUGCUGGGAAUUUUUCUGGAAUCUACGAAUCACCUUUCACAUCUAUUUGUCUCUCAAAUGUGUCAUUCUCCGUGACUUGGGAUUCUUCUAGCUCAUGGUUCUGUUCCGAUGUGAAGGGGUUUUCCCAGAAGGUUUCUCCAGAACCAUGUUCAGACCUCAAGGAAUCAUCUUUUAAUGGUUCCUCAUCUUGCUUCUUUUCCUUAUACCCUUACAAUUAUGCUACAGAUUUUUGAGAUGCCAAAAGAAAAAAGAAAAAAUCAUCUAUUCUGUACAUCAGAGAUACCAAGAGCUAGCUUGCACUUAUACAUUGAUUUUUCCAAUAAAUCUCCAAUUUAUACAAACAAGCA